UGUGAAUAUUUUCCAGCCCACGCCAAUGUUCCUUUGUACUAGUUUUGGAUCUGAGGUCAUAUAACUGUGCAGAAAUGUUUUCAACAAUGCUUCAUGCUUAGGUCCAAAAAAUAUGUGAUCGAUCAUUUUAUCUUUGAAUUUUUUUCAUAUACACAUUGAAAGAACAGUGUCUCUAACAAGUGCCAUGUGCAAUGCUACAUGUGGUGCUGUGGUUUGGAGGUGCCAUGAUGUGAUCUAGAUCAGGUUCUGCUGGGGCCAAGUGUUUGGCACUUGCCGGAGCUUGGCCUGCACGUCUCGCCUACACGCGUCGUGAUGGGUUUGCUGGGGAAAUGGCACGAGGACCCCAUGGGGUUCUAUAUCCAGAAGCACAUUUCAGAGAUGGAUGGUGAUCAAGUGUUCUGCUGGGGCCAAGUGUUUGGCACUUGCCGAGCUGGGGUUGGAUGCCUUGCCUGUACAGCUAGCCGUGGUGAUCGGUUUUCUGGGGAAAUGGCACGAGGACCCCAUGGGGCUCUCUCACCGAACAACAUUCCAGAUAUGGAUGGUGCUUGAAAAUCUCAUCAAAAUCAUUCAUCACAUUGUCUGUAGCUAGUUGCAACAACACUGCAUGGAGAGCACUCAAGGGUCAAGGCCCUGUCCCCUGCCCACCGCUCUUGCUGAUAGCUACACACAACCCACUGCCAUGAGCCCUUCUCUUCCUUCUACUAUAAAACCAUGGCCUGCUCAACACAAACUUCUUCAUCUCAUCUACAAAGCAACAUCACAAUCUACACCACACCUUUAGACUUUCAGAGCCAAACUGAAAUUUAGCCAUCCAAGAACAUAUCAGACUCAACCAUGAUCCACCCAAAUAAGCUUGCUCAGCUAGCCAAGAAGUUCCAGCGGAUUUUAGCUGCCGGAGCCGGAGCCGGUGCCCUCCGCCGGCAGCAUGCCUCAAACACGGACACGGCCGACGACAAAUGCUGCAGCACAACACCGUCUAUGAUUGCUGAUGAGGGCCACUGUGUGGUGUACGCCGCCGACGGAGAACGGUUUGAGGUCCCUUUGGCGUACCUAGGGACGACGGUCUUCGCCGAGCUCCUGAGGAUGUCCAAGGAGGAGUUUGGCUUCACCAGCGGCAGCGAUGGAGGCAGGAUCACGCUGCCCUGCGAUGCCAUGGUGAUGGAGUACGUCUUGUGCCUUGUCAGGAGAGAGGCCUCUGAGGAGGUUGAGAGGGCCUUCUUGAGCUCUAUCGCUGAGCAUUGCCACAACUACAGUGCUAGUUGUGUGGCGCCAUCGAUGGGACUCAGCCAUCAGUUUGCUCUUUGUACUUAGCUACUAGCUUGUCUGGUGAUUAUUUUUGUUAGAACCUGAAGAUCCCUGUACAGUCUGAUUUCGCCGUAUAGAGUACUGAAGAAAGUUUAUCGGUAUGAUAUGUGGGGGAAGGAAACAGGAGAGGAUGUGCCUGACCAGAAGGUGGCAGAACAUGGUGAUGGCGCAGCGAAGGGAAUGCGGAAGGAGGAUUGGAUGAAUGAUCAGCAUACUGUACCUAGAACUGUCGGAACUGAAUCGUGUGUCCCAGAUGGAGGUGGGUUGAGCUGGUUAGAGGUUCUUGAGGUAGGAACUGCAGUCUGUUGCCUGGAAGAUGAACGCUUCAAGCGCCUGCCAUUGGAAGUGUGUGCUUCUGGGUACCAUUUCAAUUGUGCCGGAGACUACUUGCGUGAGCUGGGUGGCCUCUCGUCAGCUCGCCACACUCCAAGUGAAAAUGCAGGCCGGAAUAUGCCCUAACUGCCUUUUGUGGUACAUCAGUUCAGUUUGGGAAGAAACUCAACAAUUUCUGAAGAAAGUAGGAUAUCACACAUCUACCUGAUAUUUGCUUUCGAUCUUCUGUUUUGUAGACAAUACCCAGAAAUCAAAUAAAUCCUAUUGUUGAACAUAUUGUAGUACGGUAACUUCCUUGGACUAUUUUCUUCUGAAAAGGGAGCUACAAACUGCAAGCUGCUGGUGCAGUGACACCGUACUAUACUUGGAUUUGGCAAGGCAUCACUAUAGAGCUCAGGAACGGCCUCUCUACUUCCUCUGAUGCAUUUGUUCUGAGCAAGCACAUGGCAUACUCCAUGACCACUGCAUCGAAGGGCAGUGUGAUCCUGCCAUCGCAUGUAAGCCCAAACUCCUCCUGGGGCAUCCUUAGCAGCUCGCCGAAGAUCGUCUUGUUGAGCCUGCUUUGUUGUCGCUGGAUAUUGUCCUGACCCUUUGCCACUUCCUCACCAACUGAGAAAAUCUUUUAGGAUGGAUCAUGGUCAUGUCUGUGUGUUCUUGGUUCUGAGGAGGGGACAAGGCCAUGAGCUCGGUGCGUGAAACGGUGGCUCCCAAAGGAGGGAGGCAAUGAGAUUCAGAUUUCAUUCUGCUGGCCAUGGUUCUGAGGGGACAAGGCCAUGAGCUCGAUGCGUGCAAUGGUGGCUCCUGAAGGAGGCAGUGUAAUCGUUUGAUUCUGCUGGGCCAUGGCACUAUGGAGGCACGGAUAGUGGACUAGUGUCUGGGUGAUAAGAUGCAUACAACAGUCUUCGCUGCUGAAUUGGGCAGAGGCAUUGUGGGGCCAUCCGGGGUCCAGCGUUUAUGGCGGCGUUUCAUUCAAUUCAGCCUCCUGUAUCAAGAGAUUUGAAGUUCAUGCUUUUGCAGCAACUGUGUGAUUGCAAUUAGAUCUGGCAAGUUGCUGGGAAGUUCCAUAUCUCAUUGUCCACCCAUGGUCUGCAUGGUCGCUAGCAUAGCGUGUGCCGAUCAUUUCCUGGUAUCUUCCUUGCAUUUAGCUGGGCAACGCUAAUCACGAGCUGCAGACACCAAAAGGCUGGCUAACUCCCAGAUGUGCUGCCGCAUGAUAAUGGCAUGACAUCGCCAUGGAGUGGAGGAACGCGGCUUCCAUCUCUGCAGAGGCACUUCUCCUGAGCAAGCACAUCGCGUACUCCAUCAUCGAUGCAUCGCAGGGCAGCGUGAUUCUGCCACUGUCAACGCCUGCGAAGCCGAACUCCUCUUGGGACAUCCUGAAGAGCUCGCCGAAGACUGUCGUGCCAAGGAACGCAAGCGGCACCUCGAACCUCACACCGUCGGUGGUGUACACGAUGAAGUGUCCCUUGCCGGCCACCGAUGAGCAUGAUGUGCCACACGGCCCUCCGGUUUCUUCCGCUGACGUUGAUGACGACCAGGCAAACUGCUCAAGACAGAAGACAUCAUCAGCGUCUACGCCUGCUGUUCUUCAGCAGCUACAAACAGCAAAUCUGUUUGCUGGCUCCAACGGUAGGCAUCAUCACACAGCCUGUGUAAUGGCAAGGCGUCACCAUAGAGCUAGGCACCGCCUUCUCGACCUCGGCAGAGGCAUUCCUCCUCAGCAAGCACAUGACGUACUCCAUCACCGUGGCGUCACAGGGCAGCGUGAUCUCGCCAUGGCUCGCGAAGCCAAACUCCUCCCGAGACAUCCUCAGGAGCUCGCCAAUGACCGUCGUGCCGAGGUACAGCAGCGGGACCUCGAAGCGCCUCCCGUCGGCCGUGUACAUGACGCAGUGGCCCUUGGCCGGUGCAGAGGUGCAGCAUCCUUGGUCUUCCUUGGCCGUCACGGUGAUGCUGUUGAGCUGGGCCGUUGGCUGGAUUUAUAGGCGAGACGACGGGAAGGGCAUCAUCGUGCCGGCGCAGGACAGGGCCAUGUGAUGGGCGCAUGCAAGUGUUGCGGUAUGAUUACUUUGGAUCAGAUCGCGGCGGGGCCAAAUGUCUGUUGUAUCUGUAUCAUUUGCUUCCAUAUCGUUGGCGUUGAAAAGCGAGCACAUGAUCUGUUUGAUAUUCGGCAUCUCACGUGGUGACAUGAGUACAUAUCUUGAAUAGAACCAAACCAAACCUAUCUUGUUGACAUGAGUACAUAUGUAAGCCUAUGUGGUUCAGUAGAGGCAGCUGCUCAUCUGAUAAUGAUCACCAGCUAUGUGUAACCUGUUGACAAUAAGACGGCACUGCUCAAACAGACCAUCAACUAAAGGCUGGGGCUUUAAGUUGCUUGCAGAGACUAGAUAGCUCUACUCAUUCUCAGGUGCCAGCACUACAUACUUCAUCCUAUAUUUUAUUUUACUGGGAUAUAAUCAAGAGCACGGAUUGCAAUUAA